CAAAAAAAUAGAGGAGGGAAUAAAGUUAGGGUUUAUAGAUUACUCCCGAAGCUGGAGUAGGGUCGUUCCCACUUCCCAGCACCCCUUUUCCAUUGACAGAGAGAUCCAAUCGUGUAAAUCAAUAAAAAAGUCGAUCGGGUGCUAAGUUUUAAGUAUACUUGAAGAGUUUUUCAACUGCACUUUCCUUUUAAAAUGAGCCGCCCAAUGGAGGAAGAUACUGCGGGUAAGAAUGAGGAAGAGGAAUUCAACACUGGACCUCUGUCUGUGCUCAUGAUGAGUGUUAAAAAUAAUACUCAGGUACUGAUAAAUUGUCGGAACAACAAAAAGCUUCUGGGUCGUGUAAGGGCUUUUGAUAGGCACUGCAACAUGGUUCUUGAAAAUGUCAGGGAGAUGUGGACUGAGGUGCCAAAAACCGGAAAAGGGAAGAAAAAGGCCCAGCCAGUGAACAAGGAUAGAUUUAUCAGCAAAAUGUUCCUCCGUGGAGAUUCUGUCAUUAUUGUUCUUAGGAACCCCAAAUGAGCUAGCAUCACCUUGUAGAACAAGUAUUGAGCUAGCAUCACCUUGUGGAACAAGUAUUUGGCUCUCUAGUUUUAACGUUGUUGUUAUGUUAAAUUCUUGCUAGUCGGAUAUGUAGACAUUUCUACUAUUAAAAUUUAUUGAUGUUUAGAUAUUGGCGGAGGAUGUAGUUGGUAUUUUGAUGAUUCCCACCAACGAUUAAACAUUUGAACCAACUUCCGGAUCUUUUAUGUACUUAACUAAUUAACGUGUACAUCUAAUGAUUGAAUAGAAUAGUUUUAAAAUGUAAA